AUGGCGGACGAGAGGAGUAGGAGGGAAGGCGCGGAGGCAGGGCCAUAUGCGUCGGACGCGCGCGUUCGCCCGCAGUCAACGCGGACACAGCGGCCGUCCAUGGCGGCUCGGGUCGAUGUAGGAGGACGAGGGGAGGAGCUCGCGAGGCCCGACACCGGUAAUGGAGCGGAGGCGGCUGGAUCUGGCAAUUCUGGAGGGGCUGGCGACGAGCGGCUCCAUGGGCGGCGACCUGCGGGGUUCAAGCGGCGGCUGAAGGUUUGUCAGAUAUACUUCCAUUUUAUGCAUGGGUUGAUCCCUCCCCUGGAUACUGUCAAGCGUGAAAAUUUCCACCUCGAGGGACCGACAGGAGUUAUGAAGUGGUUGGAAGCAUUGCGGAAGAUCAUGGAAUUGACAGAUACGGAACUAAUAAACUGGCAAGGAUCAAACAGGCAAAUGGAGUCCUAA